AAAAUCUAUGUUUUAAAAACAGACAAAGACUCAAUUUCCUUCCGACUGGCAGAUCGUUUCACAUUGUGUCCCAGAAAAAACAAAGCUUCAGCUAUCACAACUGGCCCGAGUCUUGGUACCAAUAAGUGUGUGUGUGUGUGGGUUCGUGUCCAUGUGUCGCCGUCUGUCUGACGACUGAAGCAGUUUUCAUCAGCACCAUUGAUAGCGCCCUCUAUUGACAUUGUUUCUCUGUGUGUGGGGGGCCGGCACGUUUAUAAGAAGAAGGUCGAGUUGGUGAAAACGUCGUCGUCAAAAUAAUGUUUGACCCUCCUUACUUAGUCCAUGCUUUGCUUAGUCCUUCCUCUUGAAAUUGAUACUCCGAAGUUUUAAACGAAAACAUUAAAACUGGAACUAAAGGCUAAUUAAAUGCUGUAAGCUGUUACCUUCUGACGAGGUUCGUCACAGAUUUGUCACACUCACACAGGAUUUGGUACACUUCAGUAGCAAGUUCUUCGGAUACAAAUUAUUUUUCACUUUGCUGAAUAGUGUCACAACAGAUGCAGAGCUGAUCGAUGUAGGGAGUUGGAAAAAGAGACGUGUCACAAACAACUAGUUCUUGACAAUUUGAAGGGCUUAUUAAAGUGUUUCAAUUAUGGGCUACGGCGACAGAAGUCGAAGUCCAUCCAAUCGAGAGCACCAUAGCUUACAAGAGAGAGAGCACAAACACUCAAGGCAUUCAAGAUCACGAAGUCACUCCCCCGAUCGAAGGGUCAAGGGAGGUCAUAGGUCAAGUUUGAGUAUAGAUGACCAUGACUGGGACAAUAAAUACAGGGAUGACAUCCGACAGAACGGACAUGGUGGUGGUGAGAGACAUCAGAGAGGAUCUGGAGAUUGGAGACAAGAAGCUCAAGAUCAGCAAGAGAGAUUCUUUGAAAAGAGGCGGAUUGAGCGAGAGACGAUCAUGGAGCAAGGUGUGAAGGAAGUUUGGGCGGGGUCACCUGACAGGGCGGAGCCAGACUCUGACCAGUUCAGCAAUACGGAGAAUGAUAAGGACGAAGAUUCUGAUGCCAGCAGUAGUACAGACAGUGAAGAGGAGAGAAGAAGAAAAAGGAAAAAAUCAAAGAAGGCGAAACGCAGGAAAGAGAAGAAGAAGCAAAAGAAAAGUAAGAAGCGAAGCAAACGCAAAAGGAAAUCCAGCUCUAGUAAUGACUCGAGUGAAAGUGAAAGUGACAGUGACGAAGCAGAAGAUCAAUGGGUUGAAAAAACCGCAGGAGCAAGGACGGAUGAGAACAUUGUGGGACCGAUGCCCAUGGGAAUGGCUGCAGGUGGAGCUGCUCCACUAGACUUUGGACGUGCAUUGUUACCCGGUGAAGGUGCUGCCAUGGCAGCUUUCGUGGAAGCAGGGAAACGUAUUCCACGCCGUGGUGAGAUUGGAUUGACUAGUGGGGAAAUCGUCACAUAUGAAGAUGCUGGCUACGUCAUGAGUGGUAGCAGACAUCGUCGCAUGGAAGCGGUACGUAUCAGAAAGGAGAACCAGAUCUACAGUGCUGAUGAGAAGAGAGCCCUUGCUUCAUUCAACAAGGAGGAAAGAGGCAAGAGAGAGGACAAGAUCCUCCGAGAUUUCCGGGAGAUGGUUCACAAGAAAGUCAAGGAGAGAAAAUGAAGCCUCCGUAAAGUCUGUUUCUCUGAAGGCGAUUUUGCACUGUGGGGUAAACUACAUUAUAACCAAGCAAACGGGUAACUUGAUCAUUUUGAUGUCCAGAUUGAGCAGCCAAGGAAUAUUUCAACUGAGUCCAGUGGGAAUUUGAACCGGCGACCUUCUGCCCAGGUAAAGUAUCCUGGUCAACCGGGCAGUACAAUACCAUGUCCGAUUAGCUGCACAGCCAUGGUCACACGAGAUGCAAAAGUGUACUACAACAUGCAUCUGGUGAUGUUCACACUCAUAAUUGUCCAGGGGUAUACAGAACUCAUAAAAUGAACCCCUUUGCUUUCGCUUUUUGUCUUACUUUCAUUUGCUGUGCUUGUCUUCAAUCAUUGUUUACAAGGUCAUGUAAUUUUUCAUAUACGAUUGAAGUUCCCUGACGGUAACGUCAUCUUGUAUUUUUUAUUCAAUCAGUCGGAAUGUUCACGAACAACUCUUGUUAGUUUGCCUUCGUCAAACAAUCCAAAUGGGAACACAGUAAGCUUUACCCUUUGAAAAAGCUACUUGUUGGCUCUGUUAAAAUUAUAUUAAUUCAAUCAAAAUCAAAUCUCAAAUCAGUGCUGGGAGUUAAGUAGCUUUUUUUUUUAACUUGAAAUAAAAAUAAACAUAGUUUGUGAAUAAUUAGAAAGCAUAAUAAACCACAAGGGAAACUGACUGUAUACAUGUAGAAAGACUGCCAACAUAGGACUAUCAGGCUCUGUUGGUAGAGCACCAGUUUGUUAAUCUGUAUGGUGCUGGUCCAAAUCCUGCUAUGUAAUUUUGUCUUUUUUUAAUCCCAAAUAAUUUAAAUAGAAAACACAUCACCCCUUGCAACCCAAUUUCAUAAACUUGUCAAGCACAAUUAAAGGAAGGAUUACUUGGACAGAGGGUAUACCCCCAUCCUCGAUGCUCUUUUCCCUUUGUAAAGACGUAAACACCCCCUCCUCCCUAAAUCCUCUAAAGAAAACUUCUGAUUCCAAGCACACAGUGCAGACAAAAAUUAGGGUGGGUUAAAUAAAGACAAAAUUACUAAAGCAGGAUUUGAACCAACGCCCUCCAGAUUAACAAGUCAGUGCUCUACCAACAGAGCUACCGUACAACAUCCACCCCAAAUAAAAAUGUUGUACAGGCGCCUUGCCCUUUAAUUCACCCUCGAACUAUCCACAUAUGACUGGGAGUGCCUAAUUGGAUGCACAUGAGUGCAGUGCUUAACUAGAAGGCACAUGAGCAUGAUGAGUGCAUUCCUUGGCAGCUGAAGAGUCCAAUGCACCAAGUUUUAAUGGGAAGACAGAUGCUGUACAUUAAAUAAUUAUAAUAGUCAACUGUAAAUAUCCAGAACUUUUACAUUAACUAGCCACUGGGACCAGUUAUAGCCCGCCAGGUUUUUCAUUUGUCCGUAUUUCUAGUCAGACAGGGUUGCUUUUCCAGGACCACUCGGGAAAAUGUUGACUGGUCUUGGAUGUUCUAGAAUGUUCUAGAAUGUGGGAAGGUUUUUUUUCUACAUUGUUUCGAAUAAUAAAUACUACUUGAAAUACAUAUACAUGUAGUUCUUUGUUUUUUGUUUGUUUCUUUUAUUUGAUGUUCAACAUACAUGUACAUAAAGAUUGUUAAAACUUGAGGGACCUCAACCCCCCCCCCCCCC